AGAGGUACACGUGGUGUAUCUCGAUAUUUCUUUUACUGCUUUUGUUUUUGUUCUUUUUUUUGUUUGUUUCUGUUUAAUUUGAAUAUUUUAUUUCGGUUUCUCAACUGUUUCCAUAUUCUGAAGAAACAUUGAAAGAAGGAACACAAUGUCUUGGAUUGUUUAAUCAUAUGGCUUUAUACAAUAUCGAGGAAUUCAUGAUAUAUUCUGGUGGAGUCUAAAGGAAUUUUCAUACGUACACACACACUCACACGCACACACACACACGCACACACAUACACACAUAAUGCAUAGAUCGAUACGCAUCAGAUGGAUAAUACAUGCAUCCUAGUUUACGUUACCCAGCGUGACUGAAACGAGGGCAAGAACAUUUAAAUACGUACACAUACGUAUAUAUGUGUAUAUUAGAAACGCAGAAUCAAGUACUACCUAUGUACCUACAUACACACAGACACACAUACACACAUACAUACAUACAUGCACACUCACACUUGCAGACACUCAAUCACAGAUAUAUAUACACACGCAAACAAAAUGAACUUUUAAGUACGACUCUAAAAAAACAUUCUAAUAGAAAAUUGGCAACGAGCAUUAUAUAAUUAUAGAUUUUUGUCAAUAUCCCUAUUUUUGCACUACUGUUGCAAUAGUGAAUCACUUUCUCCCCCCCUCUCUCUCUCUCGAUCUAUCUCACUUUUGGCAGCCAUCUUGGGCUAAACUCAACGCUUGAUCUACAGAGAUUUUCUAGAAGCAUUCGAAAGUCUCAUAUCUUAACAAAUAUACUCACACGUACACACAAAACUCUUAACCUCACUCGACCCGCCUCUAUCUAUCUAUCUAUCUAUCUAUCUAUCUAUCUAUCUAUCUAUCUAUCUAUCUAUCUAUCUAUCCGUCUGUCUGUCUGUCUGCUCAUUACUUUAGUCAUUCAUUUGUAUUAAAUGGGAUCUGUUGAAUCCAAAUAUCAAGACACGCCGGCUUUAAUCGGCAGUACUGCACCUUCGACAGUUGAUAACAAAGCUCUAAACCAGACUAUGAAUACUUGCAUGAUGAUGCAAAUGUUUCGCUCAACAGAAUAUCUGUGUAACAUUACUAUAAAGGUAGCCGACCGAAUCUUCUCCGCUCACCAGACGAUACUCGCUUGUCACAGUAGAGCAUUCAAGAGGCUGAUACAACAAGAGGACAAAUUAAACAGACAACUCUUCUUGAAAUUAAACGACAUCGAUCCAGAUACAUUCCAGAACCUAUUGGAUUACGUCUAUACAGGAAAGAUCAAUAUUGACGUCUGCAAUAUCACAGCAAUAUCAAUGGCUGCUCAGAAGUUGGAAAUGGACAGUGUAUUGAAACUAUGCCGAAAUUUUAUUAAGCAAAUGAACAUCGAGGAAGCAAUGGCCAUCAUUGAAAUUGAACCUAAUCCUCCAUGUAACAAAGUCUUUCGAAGUGCCAUAAAUUAUAUCUUGUACAAUUACCAGAAAGUCUAUAAACACGAGCUGUUCGACAGGUUAAGUGUCAAUAAGAUCAACUUCUUACUUUCACAUGAUAGUUUAGUGGUGGAAUGGGAGAUCCAAGUUUUGGAUGGAAUACUUAAGUGGAUAUAUUAUGACGUAGUAAAUAGGUCAGAGCAUUUCCAAAGAUUGGUGAAAACCGUUAGAUUUCAUGUGAUGAGUGGAACUGAACUGAAGAUCUUGCCUUUGAUGAGUAGAUUAACAAAAGACUAUUAUCAGAAUGUGUUAUCAAAUUGUCCCGUCAUUGAUUCCAUCUGUAAGAAUGGAAAGCUUCAUCGCAUAGCAAAAUGCGCAGAUUGUAAACCGCGAAAACCCGAACCACAUGGCAUCAGUCUGGAAGAAAAGCGGACAGGUAUGAAUAUGGAUCAUUUUUUACUCAACCGCGGUAAUUCAAUGUACAAAAUCCCAUCUAAACCUGUCCUGUGGUGUUUUACACCAGAAGCUCGGACAUUAAUCAGAGGUGAACCUCCAGAUUAUCAAGUGAUUGAAAAUGCAGUGACUUGGACUGGACAUCCAGAUGAAAAAUCUGUUGGUGAUCUAGAAAUAAAAUCUAACGAGGAUUCUUCCACGAGGCAGAGUCAAUGCUUGGAGGCCUACACAGACUGGCUCUUGAAGACUUGUGAUGAUUUUCCACGUUUGCCGAAUGAAAUCGAGCGAAGUUUGUCAUUACAACAUUUAAACCGCGGUGAUGGAACUGAACGUAUACGAAUGAUGAGCUCAGUGACUUUAAAUUCCGACGGUAGAAUCAGAAGUCUAUUUGCUUCAUCGGAUAAUAAAAAUGUAAGUGUUUUGAAUAAAAUUUUCCAGACCGAAACUUCAACAGCAAAAGAAACUGGCACUGGAGAUUUCGCAAUGCAGACGGAGAUAAGCGUGGGUGAGAAAUUGCCUUUAGUUCCGAGUAUAAGUUCAAACAGCGAUUCAAAUACAAUAGCUAAAGUGGAGAGACUUCUAAAGGAUGUGAACAGAAUAUGUGAUAGGUUGAGCACCGUGUAUGGUUCAGAAAGUCCGAGAAUGGUAUUAUCAAAUGAGAAUAUAAUUGAACGGGACAAAGAUGCGAAUAUAACAACGAUAGAAAAGGUGGAGACGAUCCUACUGAACGUGCAGAGGAUGCAACAGAGAGCUAACGAGCUAGGAUCAGAGAGUACAACUUCAAUGCUAAGUGACAGUGACCCGGUGAAAACUAAAGAUGAAAUAGUGGUAAAAGUUGGGAUGCCGCUGACUUCUUGUUCAACUAGUGUGAGUUAUCCUAACACUGGAAUACCACUACUGAUUAACUUACCGAAAAGUGAGAACUGCACUGAACUGAGAGAGAAAGCAGAAAGACUUUUAAACGACAUGGAACAAAUUUUUGACAGACUGAAAAAUCGUCCGGAAAACGAAGAAAAUGUAGUAACAGUAAAAGAAGAAACAAAGGCUGAGCCAAAUGUGACACCCACUCCUGAUGCUGCAGUAAAUGAGAGCGAUAGUAAUGUUGAAAGACCUGUAAAACUAGGAGAAGGAGGUGAAGAAAAAGCUGAAAAAACGGCAGAACGAACAAAAGGAGGUAGAAAAGAAACAGAAAAAACUGCAGAACGAACAAAAGGAGGUAGAAAAGAAGCAGAAAAUAUUGCAGAACGAACAAAAAGAGGUAGAAAAGAAGCAGAAAAAAUUGCAGAACGAACAAAAAGAGGUAGAAAAGAAGCAGAAAAUAUUGCAGAACGAACAAAAGGAGGUAGAAAAGAAGCAGAAAAAAUUACAGAACGAACAAAAGGAGGUAGAAAAGAAGCAGAAAAAACUGGAAAAGUAAGAGGAGGAGGUCGAGAAAAAGCCGAAAGAACUAUAGAGCUAAGAGGAGGAGGUGGAGAAGAAGCAGAAGAAGAAAUUGCAGAACUAUGUGGAGGAGGUGGAGAAGAAACAGAAAAAGCUGUAAAAAUAAGCGGAGGAGGUCGAGAAAAAGCCGAAAGAACUGUAGAGCUAAGAGUAGGAGGUGGAGAAGAAGCAGAAAAAAUUGCAGAACUAUGUGGAGGAGGAGGAGAAGAAGCUGAAAAAACUGUAAAAAUAAGCGGAGGAGGUCGAGAAAAAGCCGAAAGAGCUGUAGAGCUAAGAGUAGGAGGUGGAGAAGAAGCAGAAAAAAUUGCAGAACUAUGUGGAGGAGGAGGAGAAGAAGCUGAAAAAACUAUAAAAAUAAGCGGAGAAGGUCGAGAAAAAGCCGAAAGAACUGUAGAGAUAAGAGUAGGAGGUGGAGAAGAAGCAGAAGAAAUUGCAGAACUAUGUGGAGGAGGAGGAGAAGAAACAGAAAGAACUGCAGAACUAAGAGAAGGAGGCGGAGAAGAAGGCGGAGGAUGUGCAGAUCAUUCAGACACGGUUUCGUUAACAAUCUGUGAAUCUGGUGAGGAGUCAACAAGAAAGAAACGGAGAAACCAUCCAGUGGUUAGUGUCUAUGUAACGAAUUCUCCAAAAGACACACAUCACAAGAUUCGUUGGGUGACCACGAAACAUAGAAUUCAUUCGGAUUCUGAAGCGAGCGACACAGAAUCGUCGAAUUACACCGAUGAGGAUGAUGAAUGAACGAAACGGAACGAAAUUAUAUAUAUAUAUAUAUAU